AUGGACAACUAUGCAACAGUAUUCGUAUGCCUUGUAUUAACAGGAACCCUUAGGGUCGGUGCUUCGAUGGAGAUCCCUUUAGCCUGUGGUGCGGACUGGCCUUGCUUGCUAGCCUUGGCGACCUCCAGCCCUGCUUCCCUUGUCUGCCCUAACGCUUCGGAAUACUCUGAUGUUUUCUGGCAGUAUCAAAACCUCAGCUCCAGGAAUCACAGCCUGCCCGAGACCAUCGCGACCCUCAAAGGCAUCGACGAAAAGCUUGGCGAUCCCUUCUUGGUGGACCUCCAGUCCAGGGUCCAAAUCAUCUCGGAGGAGCUGGUGAUCAAAGCAGCAAGGGUCGAAGAUUCGGGGGUCUACCUCUGCCAACGCGGGAACAAGACCUUGGCCCGCUACGAGGUGGAUUUCCAAGACGCCACCGACCUCCAUGUGUCCCACGCCGAUCUGGAGCAGGAGACCCUGAAGAACGUCACGGUGGAUCUGGAAAACGGCACCCAGGCUGAGAUCUUCACUCUGUGGGGGGACUGGCAGCCUUGCGACAGGUGUGGAGGAACCGGGGAAAGGAAGAAGGUUGGAUUCUGCUACGUCAGGAUGGUUCCUGCACUUACCGGGAUGGAGGAGACGGCUCCCUGCGGGCUGAUGAAGCUCAAACUGGGGGGACUUCUCGGGAAUGCUUCCUUCGGACGAGGUCCCGAGAUCCGGAUCCAGACCUGUUAUGAAAACUGUUCGGAUGACAUUGAGGAGACUCUGGAAUCUCUGGAGCUGCUCUCCAUGGCGAUCGUGAAACCCUACGAGACCUCGGUCUACAGCACUGCCACCCUGAACUGCCUGAGUGCAUCUAUUUACAGUCCAAUCUACUGGGAGAGAGACUCCUGCUCUCUCACACACCUGGGGCUGCUGCUGCACAACGGCAGCCACUCACUGGACAGCGGGGGAGGGACCUACCUGAUCAGGAACGUCAGCAGCGCGGACACCGGGCUGUACAGCUGCUUUGUCAACCGGCAGCUGAGCGACUCUUUCAACGUGCGCAUCCGUGACCCCUGGAACGCCGGCCCGCGGAGGGUGCUGGAGGGAGCCGUCAGAGCCUUUGAGUUCUGCGCUCUCUUGGCUUUCCUCUUCUCCCUGCUCUACACCGUCGCCUGGGUCACAAGGCGACUGCAGAAAAGACCAGUGAGCCGCGCUGGCGACCAGUACCCAGGACCUGGAAGCCGAAUGUGAAAGAUAUAUUUAGCCCUCACGAUUUAGUACCGCAAAAGGUGACUAAUAAAUCAAUAAAAGCUAUCUAAUCACCUGUUAUUCUAGUCUUUUGAGGGCGGUAUCAGCGUAUGUUACCUGUGGCAUACAGUACAGUGCCAGUAUUAUAAACAACUUGUUCUAAAUAUGUAGUUUUUUUUCUUCCAAUAAUCACAUUUUACUGUUCACAAGCUGUACCAUUCUUUAUUGUCUAUUUCGAACUGAAGUCGGAUUUUUUUAUUUCAAAACGUUAAUACAGUAAUAUGUGUAUGUAUCAUUUUUAUUAUUAGUUUAUUUAGCAGACGCCUUUAUCCAAGGCGACUUACAGAGACUAGGGUGUGUGAACUAUGCAUCAGCUGCAGAGUCACUUACAACUACGUCUCACCCGAAAGACGGAGCACAAGGAGGUGAAGUGACUUGCUCAGGGUCACACAAUGAGUCAGUGUCUGAGGAGGGAUUUGAACCGGGGACCUCCUGGUUACAAGCCCGUUUCUUUAACCACUGGACCACACAGCCUCUUUAACAGUGAAAUAUUAGCUCUUUAGUAAUAUGAAUAAUACAUUACUAUCAUUUGUAAGAAUGUAAUUGAUAUAAAACUAGCUAUUUAUUCAUCGCCAUAUUUAUUGUAUGGUUUAAUUCAUGAAUAUUUGUCUAUGAAUUACAUUUAUUCAAGAUUUGAUGUAUCUUCGUUAUAUAAAUGAAAUGUAACUUUCUGUAAUAAAUAUUCAAUA